AUUCAAAUCACUUAGCUCCGAACGGUCCAGUUUUAGGGUUUUUGCAUCAUUUUCAGAUCAAACCUCAGCUUCUCUGACCAAAAAACACCCAAAAUGGUGGUCGCGAAACAACCAAACUACGAAGAGUUUCGUCUGAAACGAGUGGAAGAGAACAAGAAACGUAUGGAAGCUUUGAAUCUUCCAAAGCUCUGUCAAAACCUCAAACCCACUUCUGUCAAGACUUCUCCAAUGAAGAAGAGAUUUAUUCCUCGAACACCAGAGAAGGAGAUGGUGCUUGUUCGUCGAUCUAGUCGUCUCUCUAACUCUUCUUCUACUCCUGUUUACAGAGAAGUUGAUGUUGAACGAGUUCAGAUUCGUAGAAGGGGAGUGAGUAAAAGGAGAGAUCUUUCGAAUCGGGUUUAUGUUUCUGAAGAAGUCAGAGAUGAUGCUAUUGCAAGAGCUGAGAAGUUUCAAGCUGAUUUGGGGAGUGAUUACCCAAGUUUUGUGAAAUCUAUGCUUCAGUCACAUGUUUCUGGUGGCUUCUGGCUGGGUCUUCCAGUUCACUUCUGCAGAUCUCACCUAGGGAAACAUGAUGGUGUCAUAACUUUGAUAAAUGAAGAAGGCGAUGAGUAUGAGACUGUCUACUUAGCGAGAAGGACUGGACUUAGUGGUGGAUGGAUGGGGUUCGCGGUUGCUCACAAUCUAGCGUAUGGAGAUACACUUGUUUUCGAGUUAAUUAGCCCUACCGCAUUCAAGGUUUACAUUACAAGAGUUGAAAGUUCUGGAGAAAGCUCAGAGAUAUGAGCUGAUCAUGUCAGGAAUUUGGAAAUGGCCCUAGUUAAAACUUUUGUGUCCUUUUGUCUUUUGUAUGUAAGAUUCUAACUCUAGGCUAAUUGAGCUCUUCACUGCCAAAUCUGAUAUAAUUUUUGAAGGUGAAAAAAAAUCCUUGAACUCACUAAAUUCUAUGUGAUGAUAACAUGUUCAGAAA